UUAGAAUUAGGUAUCAAUUUUGACCACAUCUGGCAAAAAACACUAACAGUGUUACAUCCAUUAAAAGUGGCAGACGGCAGCAUCAUGAAUGAGACUGAUUUGGCAGGACCGAUGGUUUUUUGCCUUGCUUUUGGAGCCACAUUGUUACUGGCUGGCAAAAUCCAGUUUGGCUAUGUAUAUGGGAUCAGUGCAAUUGGAUGUCUAGGAAUGUUUUGUUUACUAAACUUAAUGAGUAUGACAGGUGUUUCAUUUGGGUGUGUGGCAAGUGUCCUUGGAUAUUGUCUUCUUCCCAUGAUCCUGCUUUCCAGCUUUGCAGUGAUAUUUUCUUUGCAGGGAAUGGUAGGAAUCAUUCUCACUGCUGGAAUUAUUGGAUGGUGUAGUUUUUCCGCGUCCAAAAUUUUUAUUUCUGCAUUAGCCAUGGAAGGACAGCAACUUCUAGUAGCAUAUCCUUGUGCUUUGUUAUAUGGAGUCUUUGCCCUAAUUUCCAUUUUUUGAACUGACUUUAUCUGGCAUGUGGACAUCAUUGGGCCAAAAAGGACUUUGAACCCUUAAAUUGGACCAGCGAACUGCUACAGUGCAACUCUCAUGCAGACCUAACAUUUGACUGUUGGAGCAAUGGAAGUAAACAUGUAUCUUUUGUUCAUUUUUAUAGAACUUUUGAAUACUGUGUUGGAUUUGUCUGCAGUAUGACUAGCUUUAAGUGUUUGUGCUUAUACAUAUAAGAAUAAGAAGUGCUAUUUCUCUCCUGUUCCUGCAGCCUUUGAAAAACAAAUUUUUUCCUGGCAAAUUACAUUAAGAUGUUUUUAAUAGAUUUUUAUCAACUGUGGGAAACUAACCACAGAGCUAAAAAUCUUUCUUAGAAACAGCCCAGCCUUAGUUAAGAAGACACGAGACUUACUGCAGAAAAAUUUUUCCAAGGGAUUAGGAAAGAAAAAUUGCCUGUAUUCUCGAGUUAGAUGCACUUGAAGCAAAAAGUGAUCCCAAAGUAGAAUUUACGAGUUUGCACUUCCAAAAUUUGACAUUCCUUUAAAUUAUCUCAUGGAGUUUUUGCUAAAAUUCAACGAGACAAGAAGUUCGUAGUCUACUUUAUUGUAGACAGAAAAUGUGAACACCUGUUAAGAUUAGCAUUAACUAAACCAUAGUGACCGAGACUGGCCACGUUAAUGUUCAUAGUUGGAUCUCCAUAUUUCCUACCUUUUUUUGAGAAAAAUAUUUAAAAUGUCACAAUUUCAGUACUGCAGUUAUCAUUGUAAAAUGCAUUUGAUGCUUAGUAAUUAAAAUUUUCCCAGUUUUAACUGCUGUUGAGUUGACUUUUGCUGUUUUCGGUAUCACAUUUUCUUUAACUAGGUUCUGGUUUUAACUUGUAUUCCUGAUUUAUCCUAAGUUUUAAGAACAGAAAUCAUUUAGUAUAAAAAUCAGGAAAAAAAAAAGGAUUAAGUGAAAGGCAGUUUGAGUUACAACAUUAUUUCCUUGUAUUAAAUUUAUUUGGUUAAUGUCAUGCUCUCUUGCCAGAGAAUCUGUAGGAGAAUGCUGUAUCUUGUAUUUUGAUCAUUGGCUUUUUCUGAAAAAACUGCCUCUGAUUUUGGACAAGCUCAGUUACACUUAUGAGAAAGGUGCCUAGUGGGGAGGAAAAUGUUGCCUUUUUUAAAAAAGGAGAAUUUUAGACUAAGAAAACACCAAACUGAUGUUAAUUGUUGUUUUUAAAAGGUAGUGUUCAAUCAAAAAGGUUAAGUUAAUAAAACAUAUUUCUUAUAA